AUGAAUGCAGCGAAAGAAGCAAAAGCUGGUAACAUGGAGAUCAGAGAGGGGCUAAGGAAAAUUGGUGCAGCUUUUUUGUCUUCUCGAGAAGUGAGUUCACAGGAAUGUGUUUACAGAUGUAUGCCUGAACUUUGGUUGAGAAAAAUUUUUCCAAGAACUGUAUUUGUUAACACAGACUUACCAGAUAAAAGAGUUAGAGUUGCAAAGACACAACAGGAACUUGAAGAACUUGAUGAUGAAAGUACAGAUAUUUUUAAGUCGAACAUUAUUGAGCGCUACAAGCUUAGACCAACUUCAAUAGCUGCUGUGAAUGAUCUCUGCCUUGCUGAAUUUGCAGCAUAUUACUACAAGGAAUACAAAAAAAAGAGUUGUGAUGAAGCAAGUGAUGCUCAACCAGAAGUGCUUACUGAUGAUACAAUUGAAAUUCAACAUAGCUCCACAAACAGUGAUCUGUCAUUGCCUCGACAAAUAAAAUUAAUAAAUUCUGGUGAAAUUAUGAAAUGCAGAAAAAUUAAGGCAGUUAUCAGAUAUCAUACACCAAACAAAAGAAAGGAACCUGAGGUGUUUUUUCAUCACUUGCUAAUGUUAUAUUACCCAUGGCGGGAUGAAGGAGGUUUGUGUGGUAAAGAAGGAAGUUAUAUGUGCAAGUUUUAUGAAGGAGAUGUUCAAGCUAUAGUUGAACAUAAUAGGGCAAUGUUUGAACCAAAUGCAGAAGCAGUUUCAGACGCAUUGCAGUGGCUUAGAAAUAACAAUGGCAAUGUCAUUCACUCAUUUGAUUGCAUUAAUGAUCAAGAAAAUGAAGAUAUACAGUUAGAUGCAGAAGAAGAA